UCAUGCACAACGAACACAGCGUGUGAGGCAGCCUUUAACCGCCCCCUGGCGUCGCCCACGCGCAGCUAGGCGACAGCAGUGGCAUGGGCCUGUGGCGGCAGCAGGCGGUCCCGCAGCGAGCGCGGCAGCAGCCCCAGCGUCUCCAGCAAGCCCGCGUCCAUAGGGCCCGGCGGGCGGCGGGGCUGAGCAGCGCGCCCUAGCGGCCCCUUGCCCCAUGGAUCCGCCCAGCGAGGCCGACGAGCAGCAGCAGGCCUACCAGGACCCCGCCCUGGCCAAGAUGGAGGCCCUCGUGCGGAACAUGCAGCUGCCGGACACCGGCGUGCCCGUCCGGAGCCAGAAGCUCUUCCUCACCUCCAUACCCAGCGCCUUCCUCGGUUACGAUGUGGUCGAGUGGCUCACGGACAACCUGGACAUCGAAGACCAGAAUCCAGUGGCGGCGGAGGCACUUCACCUAGCCAAUCUACUCUGUGCGCACGGCUACUUCUUUCCAGUCAGUGACAACGCCAAGACCUUCGCCAUCAAAGAUGACAGCACCCUGUACAGGUUUCAGACGCCAUACUACUGGCCGUCCAGGUACCAACCUAACAACACGGACUACGCAAUCUACCUGGUGAGACGGUCUCUCAAAAACAAGCCGAAGUAUGCCCUCGAAGAGUACGAACAGGAGGCGCUGCAGAGGCUCAAGAAGCUGCUCUACCACAAGUGGGAGUACGUGCUCAUGCAGGCCAACGAACAGGCAACACUUGCCAAGGAUCUGAAGAAAACUGACAAGCUCAUCCAACAAAGCCAGGAGCGGGCCUACUGGAGGAUUCACCGGCCACCCCCCGGAUGCACCAGCUGCCUUGAGAAGAGCCCCGUGCCCAACAAGCGGGGACCGCCUAGGAAAAAGACGAAGGACGACCUCAAACGGGAGAUCGAGAUACUAAAGAGGAACCUAGGGCGUUCGCGGACAAAGGUGUCCCAGAUUCUACCGAGGUGCGAAGACUACCGGGAAUUCGACAGCUUCCUGAGCAACCUCCCUCCCGGCAACCCGUGGAUAACGGACGACCCGACGCUUUGGACGGUGGAAAGCACCAUGGUGGAUACGCCGAGCGAGAAGCGUCUCAAGCGGUGGGCAUUGUCCCUGGAGGAACUUCUAUCGGACCCGACGGGCGUGCACGAGUUCGAGAUCUACCUGCGCAAGGAAUACAGCCACGAGAACAUGCUCUUCUGGAAGGCGGUCCAAGACCUGCGGCACGGCUCACAUCAAGACAUCGCCAGGAAAGUCACCGCCAUCUAUGACGAGUUCCUGUGCCGGGGCGCGCCGUGCGAGGUGAACCUGGACAGCGAGACGAUGGAGCAGACGCAGGGGGCCCUGGAGAAGCCGAGUCGGUUCACCCUCGACUCGGCCCAGCAGCACGUCUUCACGCUCAUGAAGAAGGACACCUACCCGCGCUUCGUCCGCUCCGACCACUACCGGCAGCUGCUGGUCAAGGCGUCCCUGCUCCAGCAGGCACAGGUACAGCGAAAGAGGUUCUUCCACUUCGGCUCGAGCACCAAGAAGAAGACGUCUGUGUGCGGGCCCCUGGCCGCCGGUCUUCCCGCGACGCUAGGCGGCACCAGUGGGGGUAGCAUUACGGGCGUCGCCCCGUCUUCCCUGGGCGGUGCUGCCUCCUUGUCGUCGAGUGCCACGUCGUCGGGGACGUCGCCGGCGUCGCGGCCUCCAGGACGCCCUUUGUCCGGAAGCACGGUGGACCUGCGUAACUCGGUGGAUCGCCGAGAACAGGGCGCGGGAGGAGGUGUCGGCGCUGGUGUGGGAAGUUUCUUCAGCGGUCGACACUCGCACUCGACGAGCGACCUGCACAAGUUGGACACUCCGGACUGCAGCAAGGGUCACUCCGCCAGGUUUUCUUGGGGGUCCCAGGAGCCCAUGGUUCACGUGGGUCAAGAUCAGGACCAGGGCGGCCCCAGCACGCUCCAGGUGCCUCGCUGGAGCCAUCGGUCCAGCGAUCCGGGGACAUCGAUAUCCGACCUCGGCCUCCAAAAGGAUCCCCUGCUGACGCCCUCCAAAGAGGAAGAUUCGGCGUCCAACUAGCACCACCUUGACUCAUCUUGCGGUGCCUCGACGUUUCCUUUCUGCGGCAGCCGACUGGUGGCGCCACCAGACAGACACAAUACGUUCGUAGGGUGGUGAUAACGCUUAUAGUUCGCCAUUCUGUUUCGGCGCCAUACUACAGCGCUUCGCGGGGGGAUUGAAAUUAGAGAAGUAGAUGGCAUCACUGCCCGAAAACACUCUGCUGACGGUUUACAGUUCGCCCGUGUAUGCGAGGUUCUUUCUAGGCCGGACCUUGCACACGGAUCUAUCUAGUAUCAUUUGUUACCACGCUACUAACUUGGCUCGAGUCGUUCCCUCUCCGUUCGAUAACUAUAAAUUAAUAAUCAACGUAUUCAUGUUUUUCUAUUAAUUUCUUUCGAACCCACUAUGGUCUACAUAAAUAAGCAAAACGAAGACAUGCUUACAUGAUCAAUGAAGACAUGAAUGAAAUACGCCCGCUAAAUCUAGUGGGUUCUAAGUCCUGGGCAAAACUCCUCUAGCUAAAAGUUGUCUUAAUCCCAGCAUCCCCGCUCUGUGCGUCAACAUGACUUGUCUUCGAAGUCUCUGGAAGGCUUGGCGCCAAAAUGACGGCUCCGUAGUGACUUUCCAGACGCCCUAGUGCCACAUAACUUAGGAAGCUACAUUUCCCGAACACUGGUGGGAAAUAACACUAAGAUGUAAAACGUAUCACCACUAGAUGAUCCACAUGCUCUAGCCGUGGUAUGAAAAACAUGAAACGGCUUCAGGAAACUAAAGAUAUUAAAUGAUGCCCAUGCCACUCGAAACGAUUACAUCUGCGUGCAGGAUUAGGGAAAUUAAAGUUGCAAGCAGCGAUUCCUUAACACGGAUGACGAUAGCACGCGAUAUUUUGAACUCUUGAAUGAACUCUGCGGUAACCCUACAUCGUGUUCUGUUUGUGAUAUUGGCUUGAAAAGGAAGCUGCAGACGUUGCAUAUUCAAGUUUGCUAUGAAUCGCGUUAACAUGCUAAUACGGCAGUCAUCACCUACAGAAGGAACACGUGAACUUUCGCUAAGAUGUUAGCGUGCUCGUCACUCGGUUUUACUAAAUGUUAAAAAAAAAAAUCGUGUCCACAAUAUUUACGUUUCACGCACCACAGAACAUUUUAAUUUUUGAAUUGGAUGUUUCAAUUUUUGCUAACUGUACUUACGCGGAUAUUUAAUUGAGUAAAUCGAAAGGCCCCUGGGCAGGCCACUACCACAUUUAAGUCUUCGUCGCUCACCAUAUAAGAGGGGAGCAUCACGUGACUUACUUUAAGUAAAAUCACUUAAGUUUUUAUGCACGAACGCGUGGCUCUGACCUGACGACGUGGCGGUGGCGCUGCUUUCGGCGCGGCGCAUCUGUAGUCGCUUCACCUCACGUCUGGUUUCCGCGCAGGCGCAGUGCCCAUACCUGAUGGGGCGCGGACGCGAACUUGUUUGUAAACAGUGUAUUUGUCUAUACUAUACCUUCAAACAUUGAAGGCGCAACCAGCCUAGAAGUACCCCACUGGUCUCAUGGGAACACGAGGCCACUGCAAACAACUAAGGAGUCACUUAGCCGUUUUACCCCAAGAACCAUAGUUAAACAAAGUCCGGCUUCCCGCGGAGCAAUACUAAUUUCUCUCUUUAUAUGGAUAAUUAGGAGGUAUGUAGGUGAAUGUUAUAUUAUACAUAUAUGUCAUUUUAUCAAGACGCAUACGUUCCAAAACGCCAAAAGCAUCGCAUUUUCCUCCGAGAACCAAAUCUCGUAAUAACUAUUUCGCGCCGCGCAUAAACAAUGCGCAAAACUUGCUUUUUUUCUUGAGGCGAAAAUGGGUAGAGAAACUUUUAAGACUAGUUCAAAACUGAUCCAUUCACUAUCGUUUAUUCGAGCAUACCGUUUUUAUUCUGUUUAACAAACGUAAGUGACAGGCACAAUUUUCGAGAGAUUACCCCUGUCGCAUUGAAUCAGGUACAAAUCUUGUCUAGUUCAGGUGGGCCAAACGCGGGAAUGUAUCGCUUAAAACAAAUAGACAAAAGAAAUAAGCGUCAUAACACUCUAGCCACACGGAUCGAUACCUUUUCCUAAAUGCAGUGCUAUCUGGUGACACAAAUGCCAUCUUUUCUCAUGCCAUAGCCUCUUCUAUACUGACAAAGCCUGCUGCAGAUCGCCACGAGACGCGGCCGCCGAAAGUGAAAAGGUAGAGCGGCAGACAACGGAUAAGAGAAAAGGCAUGUGACGAGUGCCCCGCUGCGGCGAGACGCCGAAACACACUUGUCCCGGGCAAUGGAAUGUCGCCGCUCGUGCUCUUCGCGUUCCUGGCGCUACUGCUUUUUUUCUCGUCGGGAUUGAAAACCAUGUUUCGGGUACUCGCCGCUGCAAAAGCUGUGCGCUGAGUACAGGCCCCCCGAGAAAUGCUCUGUGCUACCAGAUCCUCACGCUUCAAAUCUGCGACCGGUCACUCUGUGGCUCCGUCGUCGAACUGCCAGGCUUUGUGAGUAUAGAAAAGGCUAUGGUCAUGCCCAUGGCGGCAGAGAUGUAGCAUUCUAUCCAGCAUCGUCACUUUCGUUCAUCUAUUGCAGAAGAGAAUGUGCUGUUUAUCGUAAAGCUCGUUAUCGAUUAGUUUCAAUGUAGAUGGUGACAAGAAAACGACCGAUCUGUGCAGAGCGUUGACCCGAGUGAAGCUCUCGAUAAAAUUCAUCUCAUCAAGAAGCUUGUGGGCCGGUUGCGUGGCAACUGAUUAAUGGGAUGGGAGUCAGAAAUGGCCGCUGCCGAAGCGCUCCUAUGCCGUUUGUGCGUUGCUAACAUCUGUACUCCGACCCACCUUAACUUGCAAAAAGGUGAAGGUUAGACUCCCAGUGAACCAAUCAGCGCGUCGAAGAGAGACACGUGACCAUCCAUAGAGUAUUCUACAUCACUAGGUGCGCGCAGUGCUGUCGAAGGCACGGGGGGAGAGAAAGAAAAGCCGCUUUUGUACGAAUUUUUUGCGACAGACUAGUCUUCAAGGAGGACAAAAGCGACG